AUGACCAACUCUUCGAGAAAGCUUGGUCUGAUGGAAAAGGUGUUUGAGAGUAGUGAAUGGUGCAACAUUGUCAAGGCUGACGGUUUCUUGCCAUUUCUUUGUGGCAGCGAUCUCACGAAGCUCGAUAAGGAAGGAUCAUGGGUCGCAAUGGAUAAAACGGAGGAGCCCAUCUACUUGGCUCUGGGCCUGACACACAAGGAGCAUACUUACCCGAAUGCUAUUGAUCGCUCCGGGUUACCUCACAAAGAUCUCUUCUUCAAAUGCCUAAAGCGGUACAAAUGGUCGAACGAACAACGGAGAGAUAUUCUCCUUCACGACGCCAAUAUUAUGCUGAAUAUCAGCCAAUAUUACACGGAGGAUAUUCAUCAGGUCAAUACGGCUUGUAUCACGAGGCUUGGCCAAGGGGUCAUCGGUGAAGACAAGUUUGUACCUGGAUUGGCAUUAAGUUUAGGUGAUGAGGAAGCGACAGGUGUGCGGGCAUUACACUUGGACGUUUACUUGUUCUUCAUACUGGAGGUCUGGGGCAUCACCAUAGUGUGGCAAUUCUACGACCCCGAGGACCCGUCCAUUGAUUCGUGA